AUGGCAUCUAAUGAACAGACAACAACAACAUCAACAGCUACUAGUAAUGCUAAAGUAACAUUUAAAAUAACAUUAACAUCUGAUCCGAAAUUACCAUUUAAAGUUUUAAGUGUACCUGAAAAUACACCAUUUACCGCUGUUUUGAAAUUUGCCGCUGAAGAAUUUAAAGUUCAAGCAGCAACAAGUGCAAUUAUUACUAAUGAUGGUAUUGGAAUAAAUCCAUCUCAAACAGCUGGUAAUGUUUUUCUUAAACAUGGCGCCGAACUUCGAAUUAUUCCACGUGAUCGUGUUGGUUCAAUUGUACUUGAUAUCGGUUGUGAUCGAAGUGAAGGCCUAUUGAAAAUAUGUCGUGAUCGUCAAUAUCAAGUAUUUCUUUCUGAUUGUAUGAAUAUAUCUAUAUCAAAUGAUACAUUUGAUGGAGCUAUAUGUAUUGCUGUUAUUCAUCAUAUGAAUAAUCUAUCAUCAAUUGACAGAAAUGAUGAAUUAAUUAUUCAUACACCACGUACAGAAUUUCAACGAUCAGAUUGUCUUGUACCAUGGGUAGAACAAACGGAAACAUAUUUAAGAUAUUGA